UUUCCCAACGAUUAGGUACCUGUGACGCAAUUUACAAAGCGCUCUUCAUGCGUUUCUAUUAUACGUGCGAGUGUGUGACAGUGACACGUCACGUUCCGUUGGCGCCCAGGACUCUGUACUUGGGAAGUGGGAUUAUGAGAGGCAACGGAGAGUAUAAGUUUGAAGCCGGAUUGUGAAUUUGGAAAGCCACAACUUCGAAGUUCGAAGCUCGACCCAGCCAGUGAUACAGGUGGGUGGAGAAUGUCUAGAGUAACUGCUUCUGACUUGCCUGAUGUGCCUAAAGGGCAGCUCCCUCAGCACCUUGAACUCCAGAGAACUCGUGUUCUAUGCGGGAGUGAUGCUCCUACUCAUACGGAAACUAUUCAAUACUCUGGUGCAUAUGCAUCAAUUGGAGUUGAUAAUAGUCUCCGGUUGGAGCAAUUCUGCAAAAAAUUUAGAGUUGAAGUGAUUCGGCUUACAGAGGAUGAUAUGGAGUUUGAUAUGAUUGGUAUUGACCCUUCAAUUGCCAAUGCGUUUCGGAGGAUCCUCAUUGCAGAGCUUCCGACCAUGGCUAUUGAGAAAGUCCUCAUUGCAAAUAAUACAUCAGUCAUCCAAGACGAAGUUCUUGCCCAUAGGUUGGGCCUUGUUCCUAUCAAAGUUGACCCGAGGCUGUUCGAGUUUAUGUCAGAAAAUGAUACUCCCAAUGAAAAGAAUACGAUAGUCUUUAAACUUCAUGUUCAGUGUAAAAGAGGGGGCCCCCGUAUUACAGUGAAAACAGAUGAACUGAAGUGGUUGCCGAAUGGUGGUGAAUUUCCAAUAGCAACUUUAAACCACACUUCAAACCCAUCUUCAAGACCAAAAACCAAUACUUUCUUCACUCACAGCCAAGAUUCCUUGCCCGAAUUUUCUAACAAUCCAAUUGCCUCUGUGCAUCAAGACAUUAUUAUUGCUAAGCUUGGGCCAGGCCAGGAAAUUGAACUUGAAGCUCAUGCUGUCAAAGGCAUUGGUAAAACUCAUGCCAAGUGGUCCUCAGUGUCUACGGCUUGGUAUAGGAUGCUUCCUGACGUUGUGUUAUUGCAAGAGGUCGAAGAUGAGAAGGCUGAAGAGCUUGUAAAGAAAUGCCCUGUAAAUGUGUUCGACAUUGAAGAUAUUGGUAAUGGUAAGAAGAGGGCAAUUGUUGCCAAACCACGAGCUUGCACAUUGUGUAGGGAAUGCAUUCGCGGCGAAGGCUGGGAGAAGCGUGUGGCACUAAGACGUGUUAAAGACCACUUCAUCUGAGAAACUGUGAAGCCUGCUACUACUGGUGUUCCCUAAAGAAAGUCGAGUUCAGAUAAUUCUUUGGUAAUGCCCUUCCUCAACUCUAUGCAACCCCAUAUUGCUAGGGAUCGUCUCCUCGUGGAUACUGCUGCCAAGAUCUAGAAGGCUAGCGCUGCUUAGGAUACAUAUUCCCAUUGGGAAUGAUGCACAAGUCUAUGAAUUGCACACGAAACUUCAUGAGACCAAGCAACAGAAUCUAACCUUGUCUCAAUAUUAUUCUGAGUUAUGAAGUUUGUGGCAGGAGUUGGACUUUUAUGAUACCUUUCAGGAAACUUGUACUACAAAUGAUACUUGAUUUCAGAAACGGGAAGAGAAGUUUUGGAUAUAUGAUUUUUUGGCUGGUCUUAAUGUUGAGGAUAGUGUCUAUUGUUUUGGAGGUUGUGGUUGGCUAUCUGUUCCUGGGCUGUUUUAGUAUUUCUUUGUUUUCUUUGUUUUGUGUUAAGGUUGUAUUCAUAGGGAGUAUACUGUUUGUUGUUUUGGAAGUGCAGAUGGCUAUUC